AUGCAUUACCCCUUUCCACUGGAGGGUCGAAGCUUGAUUUUCUUCAUCUUAAGCAUCGUUCUCUUAAUCGCAUGUGUCAUCACAGUCUCGUUGAGAUGUUUUGUCCGAGGAUAUGUCAUCCAGUCUUUUGGCUGGGAUGACAGCUUGAUGAUCGCUGGACUGGUCUGUUUCAUUUGCGAAGCAACAUGCCUACUUGGCGCAUCAACGCGUGGUCUUGGGCAUGGUAUAGAAGAAUUUCAAGAUCUGUCUCUCUAUAGGGACGCCACAAUGUGGUGGUGGAUCUCCUCCCAAUUUUACGCUGUAUCGAGCGGAUUCGCAAAAGGGUCUAUUGUUAUGACACUCAUACGAUUAAGUGUUAAAAGAACACACCACUACAUUCUCUGGGCAGUGACUGCUCUCAUUUUAAUUUCUUCACUCUUAUUUCUCUUCACUUGGAUUUUUGUCUGCUGGCCUAUCUCCUACUAUUGGAACCGAGUACUUCCAGAUUCAAGCGGACACUGCACCAAUUCCAAUGCUGUUUUGAGCAUUGGAUAUAUUUACACCGUGCUAUCUUUACUCAUAGAUCUAACACUGGGAGUGCUGCCUAUUUUUAUGGUUUAUAAACUCCAAAUGAAUACGCCAACCAAGGUUGCCACUGGGGCAAUUCUUAGCCUCGAUGCUCUCUUCCAAGUCAUCAUCUGCACGACUGUUGAAGCUGCUUCUGCAGUCAUUGCGGGCAGCCUUAUUACUCUUCGCCCGCUAUUUAGAUGGGUCCUAGGCCCAGAAACGACAUCCGGCAAGGAAAAAAAGAAUGGCUAUAAAUCAGACUCGUACUCAAGAAUGGGUUAUAUUCCUCCAAAGGGUUCUCACCCCGGAAAUUGGCGUCCAGACUAUGAGUACUCCGAGAGAGUUCUUAUGACAGAAGUGACUGCAACUCCAAAACAUAGUAGAGAUGUCUUUGGUAGGGACGGCAACAGCAGUGAGGAGCAUUUGAAUCCGAUUGGUAUUAGCCGUACCUUUAAUAUUGAGGAGACUGUCUCAAUAAUUUCGGCA